UUUUUUAUUUUUAUUUUAUUUUUUAGAACUUUAAUUUCUAUUUCAUCUAAUUCAUGAUUAGGAUGUUGAAUAGGACUAGAAAUUAAUUUGUUAAGAUUUAUCCCCCUAAUUUCUAAUACAAAAAAAUUAUUAAAUACAGAAGCAGCAUUAAAAUAUUUUCUUACCCAAUCAAUUGCUUCAAUUAAUUUUCUAUUUUCUAUUCUUUUAAAAAUGAUUUUAUUCAAAAAUUUUGAAAUAAAUAAUUUUCUUUCAAUUAUAAUUAAUUCUUCUUUAUUAAUAAAAAUAGGAUCUGCUCCAUUUUAUUUUUGAUUUCCUAAUAUUAUAGAAGGACUUUCUUGAAUAAAUUGCUUUAUUUUAAUAACAUGACAAAAAAUUUCCCCUAUAAUUCUCCUUUCUUAUCACAUAAAUAAUAAUUUUAUUAUAAUUGUUAUAAUGUUAAAUGCAAUAAUUGGUGCUAUUAGUGGUUUUAAUCAAACUUCAAUUCGAAAAUUAAUAGCUUUUUCUUCAAUUAAUAAUUUAGCAUGAUUAAUAGCUAGAAUAAUAAUUAGAGAAAAUAUUUGACUAAUAUAUUUUUUAUAUUCAUUUUUAAAUUUAAUUUUAUGUUUUAUAUUUUCAAUAUUAAAUAUUUUUUAUAUUACAAAUUUUAAUUUAAUUACAAUUAUUAAAAUAUCUUUAAUAAUUAUUUUUUUUUCUUUAGGAAAUAAAGAACUUUAUUCUUAAUUUUUUAAUAAAUAAUAAUAUAUAUACAUUAUUUCUUUUAUUUUUAUUAUAUCUAGAUUAAUUAUAUUAUUUUUUUAUAUUCGUAUUAUUUAUCUUUCUUUUUUAUUAAAUUUUUUUAAAUUAAAAUGAUUUAAAAUUAAAAUUAAAAAUAAUUUUUUCUCUUUAAUUAAUUUUUUUUCUUUAAUUUCUAUGACAGGUUUAAUUCUUAAUACUUUUAUAUUUUUUUAA